AUGUUGGGGUUGGGUGUGGACCGGCUUCAAGCCGACAUCAACCGCCUUCUAACCUCCCUCUUCCACCAGGGAGUGCUGGACGAGCAGUUCUUGCAGCUGCAGCAACUUCAAGAUGACACUUCACCAACCUUUGUGUACGAUGUCAUUAAUAUCUAUUUCGACGAAUCCGAGAAGUUACUCCGCAACCUUAGAUUAUUGCUGAUGGAUAGGGAGUUCUCGGACUACAAGAAGAUAGGAUUGCAUCUGAAUCAGUUGGUGGGGAGCAGUUCCAGCAUUGGUGCUCGUAGGGUUCGCAACGUCUGCGCUGCCUUUCGCUCUGCUUCCGAGCUUAACAACCGCCCUGGGUGCUUGAGAGGACUGGAGGUAGUAGAGCAUGAGUAUCAUUACCUCAAGAAUAUGAUGCAUGAGCUCUUCCAGCUGGAGCAGCAGAGGCUAUUAGCUGCAGGAGUCAGAUAUCCAGUGUAGAUUUUAUUUAUAACUAUGUUUUAUAUCUUAUCAAAAUUCCG